GUUAAACGAUCCAAUUCAUUCAAUUCUCGGUAGGUGCUGUAGACUGUGAGUAGAAAACGUUCGUGUCUGAUCAACUCAUUGGCUGUGUUCAAUCAGGAAGUUUUGGGUAUUGUAUAUAGCUCAGGUAUUUUUAAAGCAACUGUCCCAGCGCCCCGCAUAACAUCAUGAGAUGCAUAACAUAACACAACAUCGUGAGACUAUAUCCUGGAAGGAGUGGACAUGUAACAAUGCAUGUUUUAAUGUGUCAAUAUGCACUAUGGCUUUUAAUGACAUUUCUACCGCACAUUUCAGCUAAAACUGUUUACUUCAUUCCAGCAGAACUAUCGCCUCCAGUUCAAGUCAGCACAGGUUGCCAUGGAAACACACAUGGGGAUUUCAUUACCCCUGCUUGUGCGAACCAGAGUAUUAUUGCUGCGUCUGGUGUUUAUGCUAUGGUUAAGAAGGCAGACACCGGGUGUCCCGAAGUUGCCACAGACGCAGACAGAGAUGAAGAAAAAUGCUGUACCUACAACACCAGAGACUGUAAACUGUUGUAUCUGGCUUCAGAAAUGUCCUUCUAUGAGGAUUGCACGGGGGUUUACACGUGUAACAUGAAGGUGGCCACACAACUGACCCAGGGUUGCAACGAUGUUGGCUACCUCUUGAGAUCCAACUACAUGAUGAUGGAGUACUACUGUAUACCAAGAUCUCUGACUUUGGAGGGAGUGGAAGAUGCUAGUGUCUCAGGCACGGCCGUGUAUGUCAAAAGCAAGGAUUAUCCUAGUGGUAUCCCAGCUGGCACUGAGAUAAGCUGCUCCAUUGCCGCCUCCUGCGACACGCCUCUCGUCAUUACAGCAAUACAUGUGGAUCUUUACAUUGACAGCAGUGGAAUUUGUCAGCAGCGUCUCAACAUCAAAGAUGGAAAUGAGGAACAACAGGUAGACUGCACUAGCAACAACGGAGACAACUUUAAGAUAACCGAGGCCUUGACCAGUAAAACCCAUUCUCUGGUGAUCAGCUUCUUGAAUAACAACAGUGGCAAUAAUGGACGCUAUUGGUUCGAAAUAAAGGCUGAAACAAAUGUUGCAACUGUUACAAUGACGUGUGGAAAUGACGCAGCAUCUGCCCCACCAACUGUAGAUAAAUGUGCAGAUAACCCAAAUCACUCGAACAGACCUGCUGGUGUCACUGAGGAUCCUGUCUUGUCACAAUCAAACAGAUUUAGGAGUGCUACGAUCGGUCUGGGUUCUAUCCUCGGUAUAGUUUCUAUCAUUAUGGGUGUGUGCCUCAUCAUAUUCUGCAGAAAAUAUGUUGCCUUAAAGCAUCAGGCAAAAGUCGGACCCCCCUCCAGUAGUGCCGAUGAUUCUGGUGGCCUGGAGGAAAACUGUAGAGCUACCAAAGAAAAGAAUGGCGGUAAUUCAAUAGCACCAACAAGUACCGGUUUCCCUCCUCUUCCUGAAGCGAAGCGGAACACUGAACACCCACACGUUCCCAACAAUUUUUUCGGGGAAUAAAUUUCACUCCUUGAACUCGCUAGCACAUGACCGUCGUGUGAUGUAAACAUCCUAGCUUAUAAUCAGAAGACAUGAACGCCUUGUCUGAGGGAAAAGAGAACUGAUAAUCUGGUAGUGGUAUGUGACCAGCGGCUAUUGUUCAAGCAUUUUCGUUUGUAUCUUUUAACGAUGAGCACGGUUGUUUUAAUUGGUGAAAUUGAUUUCGUCAUCAAUGUCACUGAAUUUCCUUCUUGCGACCAAAUCCCUCAGUUAAAAAUAUAUCUUCUUUUCAAAUGUGAUAAAGCGAUUUCAAAACUACAAAACAUUAUUUCAGGCCAUUUGUUUGUUCGUAAUGUGCUGUCACAUCAAAUCACUGCUAUUAUAUAAAGGGCAGUUGAUACAAACGUACGUGCCAGAGAUUCGAUGGGUGUUAGGUUUCUUUUUCCGUAUAUCAAAGCAAUUGUGUGCUUCUUCCUAAUUCUAAGGGAAGCAACCAUACACUGGGGGAAAUGUGUGCAGUAUGGAUUUAUGUAAUACCUACCACAAAUUGUUAAAUACAUUAUCUAAAAAUAUGGGGGACGUAACUGUUGAGAAACUGAGAACUUAUUCAUUGUCAUCAUUUCGAGUCCUAUUUGGUUUUAUACUUAGCGUAAAUUUCCAUUCCUAUCGAAGGAUUAUUGCACAUAUGUCCACGUGUAUUGGAACACAUUCUGUAUGUAGAAUGAUAUGUUUGUUUUCUGAAUAAAACAAAGAAACACUA